ACAAAUAUAGCUCUGCAGACGUGUCAGUGUGGGGCUGGUCCGCGUGGCCCUUCCCUUUCUGUAUAUAUAUGUGGGCAUGAAUGCUUUUUCAGGCCUAGGUUCACACAUGAAGUUGUAUUCUUAAAAAACCAGGGGAGGGAUCCACGUCCAUCACCUGCCAUUUCCACCUGCGGACGUCAAUCAGCUUGGAUGCGCGUCGCUUUCCCCUGACACGACAAUUCCAUCUGAUUGGCUCAGCCGGAGUUUAGGGGCGGGAGCUCCAUCGCCUCUCCUAAAAUUUCAUUGGACGAAAAGCGUCUCCCUUAACGUGACGCAGCCAGGAAUUCCCAAAGUUCCCAAGUUCACGGGAAGAGAAGAGCGUUGUAUAUCUUAACAAACAAAGCGUUUUGAACGGAAAAACAACGACAGGCUUAAGUAUUAACAGGUGGGGAAGUUAAACUUUCGUCUUCGUGUUUAAUUCGGAUAAGCAGAGCAGGUGUUUGGAGCUGUUGCUAACAGCUGGGCCCGAGUGAGAACGCGGAAGAGUGGGAGUGGGAAUAUCAGGCUGCCGUCCUUUGUUUACCAUCAUGUGUGAACCUUGAAAUCGGUUGCUACAACAAACGCAGCUCUUUCAGCUUUGUGCCUUUCAUUAGCAGAAACUAACAGAGGUUUGGCGUGAUUUGCGCCGUGGUCAAGUGAGUAAUAAUGUCUUUGUUGCUUGUAUGUGCAUCAGUGACUGCUCACUGUGUCUGGGGUUUGACCAUCUUUGGUCAUUUACAGGAGCACAGAUUGAGUGGAUGGAUGGAUGUGAAUGAAUGCUUGGCUGGAAAUAACACUUAUGAUGAAGAUAGGUGUAUCUAAUGAGUGAAGCCUUUGUUUCAGUGCGUAGCAGUAUAUUAUGGAUGGAUGCCACCACACCGUUACAUAACUUGCAUCAACCACAAUCUGCUCUUUAUCCCUUGCGUGUGGUGCAUUAGGUCUAAAAGUGUAACGUUAUUGCAUAAUUUUUUUCUCUUUGGCAACAGAUUACAUAAUUAUCAUCAAUAUAUUGAAGGUAGUGUGGGAUAGAUUGUGAUUUUGUGUGAUUUCUAGUACAUAAUGUAGGCUAAUACGAAUAUUAUAAUCCACACUAAUGAUGAAGUGAAAGCAGAAUCAUUCACAAUUGUAUAAAUGAUCAUGUGUAUGCUGAAAACAUUCAUAUUGAAUGAAGAAAUGCUGUUUUUCUGUCGUCGUCUGCAGAAUAUUGUUCGACUGAACCUGCACCGUGCUGUGCCGAGUGGAGCCUGCAGAGGGCGAUGUCUGACAACAGCCACAGCACCGGCAGCAGCGGCUCCUCCACCAACAGCUGGACCCUUCUGUCCCCCGAGGUAAGACAGCCAGCCAGCCAGCUCAGGAAACUCUGCUCAAAGCGUUUGAAGGAGGCCCAUGAAUACAAGUUUGAGAUGUUGCGUGUCUGUGCUUGUAUCCCCAAUCUUCCCACAGUGACAAAAAUUGUGGCAAAUGUUUGCAAAGAACCAAAUCCAUUUGUUAGAUAGUGGCCUGAAUGUGAAGAGCAGAGUAUAAAAGGCAUUUGUUUGAGCUUUUUCAGCACUAUUUGGUUUGAUUUAUGUUGAACUCUGUGUGCAAAUAUUUUUGCAAAACUUCACAGGAUGUCAAGGGCAAAAAGCUAACUAAAUGGAAUGCAGCAGCCCUGCAAAGAACUCCUCCCUUAAGAGAGUUUAGGAUGUUGAGUUUAUGUUGAAACUGUUCCAGAGUGCUGCUGAUUCAUCUAUAAGGUCCAUCUGCAGUCUGUGGUGAUACUGAAUGUUAUUGCAUUAAAUUGAAUUAUUACCCAGUUUAUAUAAUAAGAGCAGACUUAUAUGUCAUUGGUUAUAUAUCACAAAAUUCCUUAAGGAAGGAAAAGUUCAGUCAACAUGUGCAAAAGCUACAGACUGUAUGUCUCAAUCAUGGCAGAAAUCUGUCCCACUCUUAAUGAAGACAUCAAGUGUCCGAUCACAGUGAUAGAUCAUAAACAAGACAUAAUGAUCCGUUUGCACAGCCAAGUCUUGUCUGCAUGUGUGGGCAUGCCUGAAUUGAGUGUGCUGUAAAUGUCAAGGUCGGAGUUACAAAUCAAACGGGGUAAUUGAAGGUGGUGAAGCCUGAUCCUGGGGGAUCUUCUCACUCCACAGGAAGCUGCUGUUGAGAAUGUCGGGCCUGUCGAUGACGGUACAGAGAGCUUGGGUGACGUGCCGAGUCUCUCGGAGGAUGUGACAGGUACUGACAAGUUAAUUCAGGGAACAAAAGUUGAAGUUUGAGGAGAUGUUUGUGAACUCUUCCCCUGAUUUUACAUGUUUGUUUUGGCAUGGUGGUGAUUUCAUUUCAGGAGCUGCUGUGGAGUUUAAACCAAGUGAUGUUUCAGUGGAAACUGUCCUGUCUGAAGAAGGCCAUCAGGUGGGUGUAUGUACAGUUAUGUAAUUAUCUAAUUUUGAAAGGGGAAAAGCUUCGUACAGUAUGUUAAAGUUUUUGUGACCAGCCCUUUUAAAAUAUGUAUGGUAUUGAUAUUGAAUUUCAAUUCAAAUUCACAGCCUCUUCUGAUGCCCUACCUCAGCGAUAGGGUAGGAUAAAACACAGAUUUUUAAUAUAAUAAACUGCUUUCCUUUAAGGCUGCUCUAUUAAUCUUGAUACUUAACAUCAUUAAAACUGGAAAACAAACAAAAAAAACUCUUUUUUUGUCAAUUUUAAUGCAUAUAGCAGUAGUUUUCUACUCUUGAAAACACUUGUAUCUGGUGGGAGUCACAUGACACGCAGUAUAUUCUUGAAAAAGCUCCUAUUUUGAGAUAAAACAAGUGAACUAUUUGGUGGUCGUGCAUUAAGAUUGAUAUUGCUGCAGUUUAAAGAACAAGCAUUUAUUCCUUUUGUCUUCAGGUGUGCCAGGAGACCUCUCCAGGGUCAGGUGAGGGUCCAAUCCCUUCCAGUCCAUCACGAUUGAGUCCUCUUCCUUCAAACCCUCCUGACGCCGCAGACGCCGACCUAGAGAGCCAGCCUCCAGUCAUCCAUGACAUUGUAGCCAGCUCACCCGGUGACAAUGAGCCCCUCGGAGCCACACCCUUUGUUACUGCCAUUGAUCUGGGUGCACCCCUCGAUAUUCCUGCUCCUGAACUUCUACCAGAGGACCCUGAGGAGUCCUGCUCUGCUCCCCCAUCAACCGAGAUCCUUGUCUCUGCAGAAAAAGUGCUUGACACGGUCACUGAUGUCGCACCGAGCCAUGUGAGCCCCAUCGAGGAGAGUCCUGCCUUCACUGCUGAACCUGAGGUCAGCAUCCCAGCAGAGACCCUUUCUGCAUCUGAUGCCCCCUCCAUUGUCGAGGCUGAUAUCAGUGCCGUUCCAGAGAGCACAGAGCCACCAAGCCAGGUCCAAGAGAGCCUGGUUCCAGAGAGUCCCAUCACUGAGAGCCCUGCACCAGAGACUGUAGGGGCAAUGGAGGCUGAGAUGGAGAAGGCGGAGGAGGAGGGGGAAGAGGUGGUCAAGGAGGAAGAGGAGAUUGAGCCAUCUGAGACCAUGAUCCAGGAGGAGAGAGAGGAAGAAGGUAUGGUAUCUGUCUGCAGUCGCUGUUUGGAGGGGUGUGGGUUAUAGACAGGUAUCUGAAGGAGGUCUGUCAAAUUUCGCUGAUACUAUGGAUCCAAAAAUGGGGGUUGUGGUUUUCUUUAUUUGGCGUUAUUUUUGCAGUUUUCCAACAAAACUUUGGACUGUCUGAACCCUGUAAACCAAACUGCCUCAGAUGUAACUAAAAGAGACAGAAAAAUGCAGUUUGUUUGAGCUGCUUAAACUUAUUCCAAAACUGAGACGUGUGGUAGUGAAUUGAGGAGGACAUUUCAAUGUUUAAAGAAGCAUUGAGCCAAAACAGUAAGUGAAAAUGGCUUUAGAAGGUGAAAUUCUUCAUCAGACUGACUGCUCUUUGAAUCACACGUAUAUUCUUCUCAAAAUAAUACAUUGUCUUUGCCUUCGCUAGGCUGCCUUCAGAGAUAGUGUAGUUUCUUCUGCUGGACUGCAAAGGCUAUUUGGCAGCUUCUGCUGCAGCUGCGUUCAUGUGUGGUCAUGUAUCAGACAAGCAAGUUACAACACAAAAAAAGAAUAAAUUCAACAGGAAGUUCAACAAAAGAUGUGAAAGAGUAAGUAAACCAUCAACGAAAUUCAAAUUUAAUGAAAGAAAAUAAGCAAAUCUCUUAACACCUGAUUUUCCAUUUGGGAAAACCAUUCUACUUGGUAUUUAUAUGGACGGGGUGCCUCCAUCUCCCCUCACUGUGAGAAGUGAUGCCAAAAUACCAAUCUGAUGGGCGCUGACAUGUUGCCCUGUUGAUAUAAUUCAAAGCCAAGGUGUGCACAGAAGCUCUCUGAGCAGUUCCCAGUUAUGCCGACUCCAAUGCCUCCUGACAUUAAUAAACAUCAUGUUUCUUCUCUGCUAAGGCUGGCUGCACACUAGACAACUUUGGAUCUUACUUGAUUUUAAAAAACAUGCGAGACCACACACAUUGGGACUGUUCCCAACUCUACAUCCUCUGAGCACACACUCUAAAUGAUACCAUAGGACCACUAGGCCACACACUUAAUGCUUGUGGUAACAAUUUCACUGUAGGGAUUCCACUGACAUGAAAUCUCACAGAAAGUCAGGUUAUCAAAUAUGGCUUUAGGAGGCAAACAAACAUGGCGUUUCUAGUGAAAAACAAAAACUGAGAGGGAGGGUAAGUGUCGUAGAUAAAUUCACAAGUUUGUGUUCAGUAUUUGCAAGUAAACGUCAAUUGCUUUAAGAGUUUUUAUAUUUUAAAACAGAUUACUAUAUAGAGCAUUAAAUGUAUCAUCAAGACUUUAUUUUCUGAACACUGAAUGAUAAACAUUUUGCACGCUCUCAAAAACUCAUUUCAUUUUACUCUAUUUCAUACAUAACAGGGAAAAUCUGAAGUUCUUAAGGUCAGAGAUACAGUGUACUGUAACAUCUCAUAGUAAGAAAUAAGGAUUUUAUUGUGCACUUAAAUCAGCUUUUCUACCAAGAUACCAACCUUUCUACCUUAAAUAAAAUGCAAAAUACUACAAAAAAUGAAUACAGAGCAUGACCAGACAUGCUUUUAUUUUGAAAUUCAAACAGCUUAUAGGGGUGGCUUUAGGGCACCAGGUGGGAGCGAUGAGAUGAAAAGCACCAGGCUGCAGUCAUACAGUCUUGUCUAAAUCGGGCCUAUAAUUGUCUAUUAAGGAACACUGCAGCAGCCGCAUUUGUCAACAGAGCUGUCGAUCAACCUCAUUUUAACGUCAAAUAACUCAUAAAAAAACUAAACUAGAAGAACUAACUUCUAUGACAGAAGGCAUCUGUUAUUGCUGAGUAUUUUAAUUUUCCAGUUUGACCCAUUUGAUAACUGAGGAAAGGCUUUUAAGACCUAAACUGCUGCUAAUCUGGGGGAAGUAUUAGCCUCACCCAGGGCAGCUGUUGUGCGGGCCAUAACUUUAUACAGUCCACCUGAUAUGGAGCUCUUCUCUGGAGUAGUGUGAUUGUACAUUUUAAUGCUGCAUGUUUGCACAAUAUCCCCUCAGAUAACAGGACACAGUAAUAAAGUGACUUUAUUGUAUUAGAUCAACACGCUGUAUUACCAGACUUGUAUUUAACAGAAAAACAACAAACAAGGGUGUAACAAAACAAGGAGCACAGGCUUAGCAGUGAGAACGCACGCCCCAUGUAAGAGGACUAUUGUAUUUGUUGCAGUGGUGGCAGGUUCAACUCGACAUUUGCUGCCCUUUGCAGUCCACAUUUCCAGUUUUUCUUCGGCUGUCCUAUCUAAUAAGACUGGAAAGGAGCUAAGAAAAUAAUAUACUGUUGAAAGAAACAAGAUAACGCAACACAAUCAGACACUAUAGACAAGAAAUAUUCAAGUAAUACUCGUGCGACAGGAGCUGGAUAUCAGGAAAUAAAGCAGAAUUCAUUUACCACUGCUGUUACAGUGCUUAAGUAAAGUAUGUCUUCUGAAACCGAAGUAUAAUUUGAUCAUAUUACCAUAAAGCAAUAACUACACAGUGAGAGUUGGGCUUUUCUGCCCCCCCUGCAGGGUCUGAGGUUGGAAACACAGUCUUAAACAUGGAUCAUGGUUUUGUUAUUCUCACCCGUCAAUGGAGGCAGAAAUGAGAGUCCUGUCUGCAAAAGAAUCGGUGAGCACGUUUCUUAUCUGUGUCACACUGGCAGCUGGAACGUGAUUUAUCCUUCUGACAGAGGGGCGAUCACCCUGCAGAGAAAAUGAGGAAACCUUCAUGCAUGAAAUGACUGUUGUUGUAAUUUAGUUUAGGAAAUGUCAUCCUCUCUGUUCGCCUUUCUUCCUCCACAUACUGUUUACACACUGUUGUGUUUUGCUACUCAUGUGUUCACUUAGAUUUUGGUAUUUUGUGCGAGGCAGACUGCCAGCACGUAAUUAUGGUUUUGGAAAUAAUAUCUCGUUCUGACACUUUUGUUGCCAGAGAUGUCUGGAUGAUUUACUGGAGAUGGUCUGGGAUGCAUUAAAUACAUGUGUUUCGAGUUAAGACUCGGUGUCAUUGUCAACAUGAUAGAAUGAGACAGACCUCUGCUUUGGUGCCAUCACUUUUUUUCAUCUACAUGUUUCCUCUCUCUCUCAGAGCCUUCCAGGAGUUUCGAUUCAGGCGACACAAGCGGCUUCGACGAAGGGCUGAGGAGGAGGAACGUUCCCUCCUUCGAGGCUCAGAGACCAAGAACAUCAGAUGAGGAGGAGGAGGAAGAGGAGGUGGAGUUUAAGCUGGCCGAGAGGAAGGAGGAGAAGCCGUUUUUCUCUUUGAACAAAUGCAUUGUGGGGGCUCUGAUCCUCCUCUUCUUAGGCUCCCUCUUUCUCUCAGGUUAGUCCCUCCCUAAUGCUUAAAGAAAAUUCCUAUCCUCUCUGACAAAGUUUGGUGACACCUGUUGCUUCAGAGCUUUUAGAGUUAAUUGUAAAUAUUGUCAAAAACUCAAACUUACAUCAUCAGACACCCACUUCUUUCACCAUGCUGUGUUUUCAAAUUAUGUAAGCACAUUUAUUUGCAGUUGUCAGCACUGGACACGUCUGUUUAUAGAUCUUGCCGACUAAGCUCUACUAUGUCAACAGGUUUCCUCUCUGACCUGGAUGAUGGUAGGUCCAGCACUGUAGAUAAGGCGGCAAUGUUAGCUUCCCCGCUAGCCGGCUAACGCUCAGUACCUUGCCCAAGCGCUUAUCAGGCCUGACAUUUCAUGCAGUGGCAGCAGAAAAUUGCAAAUAACACGCCUUCAGAGUCACACAGUAACACUCUUUAUCACUGUGCGGAAGCUCUCAUUGGACGUAGAAGGAGCUUGAGUUUAAGGGGAAAUGAUCUGUUGCUGGUUGUUUGCUUGGUUAGACAAAUACUUCACACUUUUUUGUCAUGGAAUUUAAAAAAUUUUGCCUAAAAAAAUAUUUGUGCACAAGCAGCGCCUGAGCUUAUAGAUGGCACUUCACAAUAAGAGCUUCCUGUCCUUUUAAAGUCAGCAUGUGUCUCAAAAAUGAGUCUUUUGUACGACUUGUAAGGCUGAAGGACGUGUUGUUUCUGUCUCUGACAGGUGAAUUUGAUGGGUCUGAUGAACAAAGCCAGGUCUGUUCCUCUUCUUUCUUUUUUUCCCCCAGAGUUAUGUCUCGUUGAAUAUAUGUUUAAGGAGAAGAACUUAAAGAAAAGUUCAGUGUCUAAACAUAAAAGACGAAUGCUAAUGAUAGGAUUACGUACAAAUAUGUGUUCUAUUCAUUUGCCAACGAUUUUCCAUCCAGGACUGGCUUAGCGGUGAUCCACAGGAUAUGAAAGAGCUAUUGGAUAAGCUGACACAGGAAAACCAACAAAUCGCGCAGCUAGAGGCUCAACUACAGGUCAGUACAGCACUUAUAUCAAUGCUAAUGAGGCCGCUUUACCCUGCCUUCAUGUUUUAAUGCACUGCAAGAAAAAUAAAACAUGUUCUCAAUAAAUAAAUCAAGUUUUGAAGACCCUGCCUUUGAUUUCUGCAUUUGUCUGAAUAAGAUAAGACAAGAAGAACUUUAUUUAUCCCUGAGGGGGAAUUCAAUCGUAGUAAAAGUCGCUGUUUUUCUGAACCCGUCCAGUCUCAGAAAGAAGAACUGGACUCGGCUCUGAAGGCAGUGGCAGAAAGCGGGGAUGAAAAGGGUAAAGCGGGUUUGGAAAAGGAGAAUUUACGGCUGAAGGAGGAGCUUUCGUCUCUGCCUGAUCUGAAGAAAGAGCUGGAGAGUCUGAGAGCCAGAGUGACCGAGCUGAAUCAGCUCACAGGUAGGAGGAGGAAGGCGUGAAGGAAUCUGAUUUCAGGAGAUGCUCAUUUAGAAAGUCUUACUUGAAAGGUACCUAAAUAAAUCUUGUGCUUUCUUUUCAGCUCAUCAAGGAGUGCCACCACCUGCUUCAAGUCCAGCCCCUCAGCCUGGCAGCAAAGAUGACCAGAGUAAACAAAGAACAAGUGGUCCAGAGAGGAGGACAGACACAACUGAUGGAGGAAGGCUGAAGGAAGAGCUCCAGCGUCAGAAAGUCCUCCUGGAAGAGAGCAGGCAGAGACUCCAAGGGAUGAAAAAGGAUGGAGGAGACAGGAAACGAGUGAGGGACAAUCUGGAGGAGAUCCAGAAGAGGCUGUCCGAACAGGUAGACAAGUGGGGAAAGAAGAAGCCGCAGGAGGCCAAAUGGAAAGGCAACAAGGGCAAAAGCAACGAGCGGGACCACUGGAAGAAAGACGAGAAGAAGGAGCGGAGAGGGGAGAAGGACUGGAAGCAUGGUAAAGAUGGAGGCCGGAGGGAGAAAGAGGAGAAGAAGGAGAAGGAGUGGAGAGGAGAGAGGGAGAAUUCUCACAAGGAGGCGUGGAGGAAGCACCAGGAUGAGUGGGAGAGAAAGAAAGGGGAGAGGAGGAUGGAUCGAGAGGAGAGGAGGAAGGAGAAACCGUGGCACAAAGAACACGAGAAGAGCUCUCAUAACCAUCAUCACCAUCAUCAGCAACAGCACCACCAUCAGCAGCCCCGCCAGCCCCAUCAGCACAACCAGAACGACUUCUGGAGGGACCAGGAGGAGAAGCUGGGACACAACAUCCGCUCCGAUCUGCGCUGCAGCUCCACUGAAGACUGCGCCGCCAAGGAGGGGCUCUACCCGGUGGAGCUGUCUGAGUUUGAGGAGCUUCUGGAGGGCUACCUGAGCAAGCUCGAGGGAUCCUCCUCCGAGAGCAAGGACAAGAUCAGGAAGCUGACCGCAAGGUUCUUUCAGGACGGCGUGUUCAUCCACAAAAGGGUCCUUUUCAGUGACUUCGCCGAGGACGUGGCAGACAUUCUGGAGGACAUGGUGGACGUUUUAGAGGACGGCAACCGUCGGGGCGAUGACUCCCUGGAGGAGGAGAUGGAGGAGUUCGAGCGGGAGGCGCUGUGGAAGUUUGCCGCCACAGCUUGAACAGACAAAAACAUUAAACAACACUGAGAUGCAGCACAAGGGGUGGUUUUUCGGACAUGUCUCGCCUACGUCCUCCUCCUCCUCCUCCUCCUCCUCCUCAGAGCUGUAGUUGUAGUAGCUUCAGGUGCAGAGUGCUUGUGCCUCUCAUAUAAUGUGUCCCUUUGAGUCUCGAAGUAUAAGCUAGACUUGUUCUCGUCAUUUUGGACUUAGUUUGUGUUACCUACCUCUCUCCCCCUCAUGCGAAGCCCCUCAGUGCUGUGUGGCGUGGAUUUCACUCUGCUGUAUAGUGUUUUCUCCAAACCUAGUGCAUGUUGCAGCUCAUAAUGUAAAUUCAUAGAAGUUAUAUUAAAAAAAAAACAAACGUCAAGGGGAUGAUUUUGCGAAUAAUUUUGUUGAGCAGCAAUGCGACGGUUAAAUAAUCCUACAGUUGAUAGUAGAUAUGCUGUCAGUCACAGAUUGACACUUUUUAUGAUACUUCUCUGCAGUUUGACUUUUCAGCAGAAACAACAUGCCUCUCCUCUGAGGAGCACGUUAUAACAAAUGCAGAGAAGUUUCCACACAUCCCCUUUGCCUCCAGUCGCUUGUAAACUGUCCAAUCCCACAGGAUGAGAUCCUGGUUCUUUUAGUGAUAGGAAUCAGAUCAGGUCGGACCAGUUUUUUUUUUUUUUUCUUUUCUCUUCUGUGUGUGUGUGUGUGUGUGUGUCUGCAGUAGACUUGAGCGAACACACACAGAGCGCUGUUAGCAAGCCCAGAGCGUUUGGUUUAGUAGAUUUGACAGACUAUUUGACUGCAUUCGUGUGGGAAAAAAACAGUAACUGGUUUGUGAAACAUCAGUGUUGCUCCAAAAAAGCAAAAAACUAAAAAAAAAAGAAAAAACUUGGACUCAAAGAUAGCCAUAGCUAAAUUUAUGACCGUUAAAACCACUGCAGCACUUUUAUCAAACCCUCACAUUCACAGCAACACAGUUUUUCCAUUCUGAGACCAUUUUCUCUCCUCUUUUGGGACCUUUCACAUAGAAUUUGGAAUCCAGAGCUUUUAGGAAGACUUAGGCAACGCAUAUUUAUACAAUAGUGUUUCGUUUAAUUCAGCCGCUGAUGAGCCCUAAGGGGGAUUAACAACCAAACAGGUUUUUCAUGCUUUUAUUUUGUUAACUCUUUGAAAUUAACUGACAUGCAAAUAAGGAGAUUUAGUAACAGAUACAGAAGUAAAUGUGAUGCAGCAGCUGACAGGACAGCUCCAUUCAGUAUUAUAGAUCUGCUUUCAGACCCAUUGAAGGUGAAUGUUUUUAUUUUUUUCCUCAUGUUUUUCAUCUUAAAGUUCUCCCUCUUUCCAUAGAUGUGAAGUAAAACGCGACAGUUUGUGAUUGUUGGUCCAUUUGUUGUCAGCAGUUUGAAGAAGUUUUGAAGUGUUUCUUGUUUUAUUUAUUCUGAUGGUACGCUGCAACUCUUAUGUCCUCAUCUAUGACGAGAAGAAGAACCACAGAGUGUGUGUGUGUGCCGGGCUGCACACUAACACACAAGCCGAAUGUGCAGAAUUUGUCAUUAACUUUGGUUUUCAGGAGUUUAGUUUGCCAGCUACUGCUUAUGUGCCUUUAUGAUUAUCAAAAACGAUGUUAGGAGUCUUAGAUUUCAUUUGCUUCUACGCGAUCAAGAAGUUAGUUUACAUUUUCUUUUGGAAUUUGCCUGCUACUUAGAGCAGAGAGUGAAUGUUAAGGGUUAACUCAUGAUGUGAUGAGUAGAUUUUUGCUGUUUGUACAGAGGAUAUUUUUUGGAAAACUUAUAGACCAAAGGGAUCAGAGAAGAAAAUCGUAAUUUUAAUAUCACACAUGAGAGAUGAACCGAUAUUUUAAGAUUAUUUUUGUCUUUGUGGGACUACAGCAGGGCUCUGUGCUUACCGAGGAUGCAGGAACUAGCUCAGACGUGCAUGAAAUUGAUCCCUGGAGAAAUGUAUUGAUGAAUUUGGAUCAUUUUUUCAUUUUGUCAUCAUUAGUUUUGUCCUCUUUUAGGAAGUCAGUGUUAAGUUCAAUAAAUUUUUCACCAUGGACGACGAUCA